AUGACACGCACAAAGGUAUCGCGCGCCGCCACGAAACGGGGUCAGAAUAGUUCCGAUUCGAAGGCAUUUGUCGAAAUGAAGCUGCGAGACUUUGACGUUAUGGCCGAAUGCUACCUGACGAACAUUGAGCUAAAGUAUCAAAAUGAUAUGGAUAAGCUGAACCGUGCCUUUGAGGUGCUGCGUUCACGCAUUCCCAAGAACCUGCUGUCCCUUACAAUGGGUGAACUGCGGGCUAUGCAAAAUGGAAACGACGAACUGAACAAAUCGGCGCCGCUGAACCAAACGAUCAGUGCCAAUAUGAGUGCUUUGCUGGAAAAAUCGUGCCGCAAAAAGUCCAAAGAUGACGGUUACCUUACAGAGGAAAGCGAGCAGGGCGACACGUACCGCGUCGGUACACUGCUGUCGACCGCUAAACCGGCCCGUGUGAUGGGACCGCUGAUGUCGGCCAAAAUUCGCCGCCGAAGCAAAUCGGCCGGUGCCAUCGCGACGCCGCACGCCAAUCGGUCUCUGUUUCCAGUGCCACAGAGUGCCAUGGUUGUCGGAAGGGCACAACUCAACGUCGCUACUACUGUUAGCCUAAAACCAAUGGCUUCUGCAUCGGAACGGGUGUCGCGAUCGAAGCAAAAAACGCCACAAGUCGGUGGGCGACUGAAGGCAAUCAGUGCCGACCGUAUUGGGUAUGGAUUGAUAACACCCAAAGUACAACCCUUCACACCUCUCGCUCUGAUCCGCCACGCCAAGCUAGGCGAGUCGGUAUUCUCCGUCACCGGUAGUCCCGUCGUUACGUCCAACAUGCUCGAAGCUACCGCCAACAUCAACAUUCCCGUGUCGAACGGGAUGAUAUCGAUCAGGCCGACCGAACUGGAUGUGGUAGAUGCGUCGUUGGUGCGAAAGAUCGAUCCGAAUGUGCUGCUGGAGAUGAAGCAACUGCAGUCCAAUUUGGAUAAAAUCUUAGGCUCUCUUCAUAUUGCCGAAUGAUCAUCGAAGUCUGUUCAUCGAAGCCUGAUACACGAUUUUAUACAAACUCACGAACCGCCAAUUUUUGUAGCGUUCUUUUCUUCAUUCUUCGUUUGCAUUAUUUGCUUUUAUUAUGUAACCAUCAAUA